UAACAUUGAAUGAAAAAAUUGAAAUCGUUUAAUCAAAUAGAAUAAAAGUGGCACAAUUUAUAGAACUUCAAUGUUAUAGUACAUCGACUCCCUCAGCUUCCCCACUUUUGGUGGGGUUGGUCCUCAUUAAGAUCAGUGAUUCACAGGAAAAAAACAUUGCAACAAAAUGAUUAAUGCUUACUAAGUAAACCUUAAUUUCAGUUAUCAAAGAUCUCAGAAUUCUGAUCGUGGAUAUAUGUGAAAGUGGCACAGAAGAAAUGUGUUAAAGCCAUUUGAUCCUACCAAUGAAUAACAUAUGGAAGGGGAGGACUUAGCAAUUACAGUCCUCACAUGUGAGGGAGAUAUUAAAGACCCCACAUUCCCUUUCAAACUCCAGAAACUUGUUAGCAAGUUGCAAAACCUCAUCUCUGAUGAGGAAAACCCCAUCAAAGUAACUAAAGUUGAGCCGUGGAAUAGUGUGCGAGUAACAUUCAACAUCCCCUUAGAAGCUGCUCAGCGACUGAGACAACUUGCUGAAAGAGGUGAUAGAGUAUUGAGGGAACUUGGCAUUCUUUCAGUUCAAAUUGAAGGAGACCAAGUUAUUACAUUAACUCUAUCUAGCCAAUAUAGUGAACCGCAAGAAAUUGUACUUAGAAAAACUUCUGAUGAGCAGGGAGAUGUUGCAAGUGUUUCAUUUAAUAUACCUAAUGCUGAGGCUGUGCCUGGUCCAAGUAUGGCUGAACCAGCUCAUAAGAAUAUUAGUCAGUUCCUUGGACAUAUUGUUGGAGGAACCGCGUCUACUUCUUCUGCUGUGAGCUCGUUAACUAGACUUGAGAAAACAUCACCUAAACCAGAAUCAUCUAUAAGUUUCCGUUCACCUAAUGUCAUAGCCCCAUCAAGUACUGAACCUAUUCCUUUUCCUCCUUCUGCACUUGUCACCACAACAAGUGCUACUAUGCCCAGUUCAUCACGUAUAUCUCCAAAUGUUUCUGUUAAGCCUCCCACUAGUUUUGGCCCAUUCCCUUUUGCUAGUAUGACUCAUGCUAUGAAUACCAAAAAUAAUUCUGCAAGCCCACAGUAUCAACCCGUUCUUCAUGUUCAAGCAGGCAAUCCUCGACUUUCAUUUUCCUCUACAGCUGUACAAAUAUCAAAUUCUAUCUUAAAUUCUACUUGUAGUGCUAUAACUGCAACUUCUUCAGUGUCUUCUAAAGUUUCUAACUCAAAUUUACAGAAAGUGCCCAGAACUAUAACAAAUUCAGCUUUUAAUAAUGUAGUUACUAGAGCGCCUCCACCUAACGCUAUAGCAUCCACUUCGAGAGCAAAUGUGGCUCUAUCAAGUCCUCUUCUUGUUAAUUUACUUCAAAGUGAAACAUCAAAUUUGCCACAAAACAAUAAAUUAAUGCCGCCUCCUGCAGAUGCUGCUAAUCAACAACCAAAACGAAAAAGAAAACCUCGCAAGUCUAAAGAAAAGAUUUUAGAAGAUGGAAACACUGGUUAUUCUGCUUCUCCUUCACCACCUUCUUAUCAAUCUCACAUAGGGUCUAGAUCACCUGGAGGAUUUGAUCCUUUAAGUGUUCUUAAUCAAUCCCUUAAUGUGCCUAUAAAUAAUAAUUUAAGCAUUUCAAGUUCUCAAGUAGCAAAUAUUCAUCCUUUGGCCCAAGGUCAACCACCUGUCUCGAACAUUAAACCACAAACUCAUCAACAGGGAAUAUCUUUACAGCCUCAAGUUCAAGGGCAACCUAUGGUGUCGACAACUAGAUCACUCGGACCCCAAAAUAUAUCUGCCUUUCGGCAAACUCAAGGACCACGGACAGUGCCAAACAUUCAUCCUCAGGCACAAGGUCAGCCUCAAGUGCACACGGGUAAUCUUCCUCUCCAUACACAUAUUCCAGUUGGAGCUCCUCAAAUAGCAAGACCUGCAUCAGGAAGUUUACAAUCGUAUGCAAUGUCUGCUCCACGUUCCAUGCCCUUAAGUCAGAUGCGACCUCUGUUUCAAUCGAGGGAAACAUCUUUAAGUAAAGCCCUCGAGAAACCAAAUAAAGAUGUUACGUUUAUGAAAACUGAUCGAACUAGUGCCCCUUCUACUCCGAGUACUUCAACUCCAGAUUCAAAUCCUUUCCCUUCACCUCCAUCUUCAUCUGAUGGAAAAACAAAACAUUUGAUCAAUCCAUUUACUGGACAACUUGAACCAAUGCCAAGUGAUGAAGAGGAGGAGGAAGAAUCAAUAGAAUCUCUUCCUCCUUUUCCAGAUUUUGAAAAUGAUGUUUCUGAGAAGAGUCAUUCUGAAAGGAGUCUCUCUGAUGGUGGUAAAGACACUAACCUCUCAUCUGAUACUGAUUCUGGUAUUAGCAAAUCUAUAACUGAUGUAUCUCAAUCUUCAUCUGAAGGUUUAGCUACUGAUUCUGGUAAAGAUUCAAGGAAAAGCGAAACUUCUAAAAUAGAUAUUUCUACUGCAAGUGUUGCAUCAUCUAUAUCUGGUGAAAAAAUUAAAUUAAGACUAAAAUUAGAUCCCAAAACUUUGAGGGAAUCAAAAGAAAGUGAAGUGAAAGAAAAACGUAAAGAAUCGAAUCCACAAUAUAAUCCCAAAAUUGAUGUUGCUGUUGUAAGUAUUCCUGGUUUUAAAAAGAAUUCACCUUCUGCCGUUACCGAACCUCGUGUGCCUCCUCUACAUAUCUCACUACGUGGUCCUAAUGCUGCGGUUGUUGUAAGUCCUAGGAAAGACGAUUCUAAGUCCAGGUAUUCGUUGAGCAAAGAGGAUCAAUCAUCUGGUGAUAUGCCUUCUAAAGUGAGCCAGAAGAAAAUUCGAUCACCGAGAACUGCCAGAACUGGGGAUGUUUCUGCUGGUCCUCCCUCUGCCACUGGUCGCACCUCUGAGUUAUUGGAUAAAAGAAUUCGAAGUUCCAAUAAAGAUGUUAAAAAAGUGAAAGAGGAGGUUUGGAAUCAAAAUGUUAAAAAUAUGUCCAUGUCUGGCGGAGGAAUUGUUGAAAUGAGUGAAAAAGUUUCUUCAAGUCGUAUUUCCUCGUACGAGACUUAUCUUUCUAGUACGGCAGUUAAUAAGUCUGCAGCGCAGAAUAAAACUUCCAAUAUUUUUAGCCUUGCAUCGAGAGACUCCUGCAAGUCGGAAGUCAUGACACUAACUUCGUGUUCAACUGGAGAAAGUGUUACAAUACACUCUUUUUCUGGUUCCAAAUCUCCUCUGCCAGUGCAGGUACCGGCAGUCUCUGAAACUGAAGUUGCUUCUGUUGAUGCUUCACAAGUAAUACAGACAAAUGCUAGCUCAAUGGUAUCAGACGUAGCAUCAUCUGUGGUGUGUGGUACUUCGACUGUCGAAAGUACUGCAUCGACUGUUCAAAGAACUGCAUCAGCCGUUGAGAGAACUGCAUCAGCAGUUGAGAGAACUGCUUCAACUGUUGAGAGAACUGCUUCAACUGUUGAGAGGACUGUAUCAACUGUUGAAAAGAAUUCACCAACAAUUGAAAAGGCCACACCAACAGUUGAAAGUACUAGUUCAACUGUUGAAAACACUACACCAACAGUUGAAAGCACUACACCAACAAUUGAAAACACUAAACCGACAGUUGAAAUGACUACAUCAACCAGUGAAAGGACUACAUUAGCAGUUGAAAGCACUUCAUCAACAGCAGUUGAAAGGGUUAAAUCAAUGGUUGUUGAUAAACUGACUAAUUCGCUUGGCACUAAGUCAAGUGGGGUAACAUCAAAUGUAGGAUGUAUAAAAGAAGAUUUAUUUUCAAAUUCAAGGAAAUCACCUAUUAUGCAACAUCUACCUCAUUCACCUACUGCACUUGUCGAUAAUAAAACUAGUUUACAAACAAAUUGCUCUAGUGACCAGACUCAAUCACUAUCUGCCAGUAGUAUAAAUGUAGUAUCCACUGUGCCUCUGAGUACUAACUCAACUUCUUGUAUUACUAAGGAAGAAACUUUAGAUAAAACUGUUCCACUACAAGAAGAUGGACUCUCUAAACUUGAUAGAGUUGAGGCUAAUCCUGUAGCUAAUGUAACUAGUUCGGUGGAUGGCCAAACACUUCAAACUAAUCACCAGUGCAAUAUUAAUCCUAUAAAUAAUGUAAAAGAAAAUAUAGAUGGUGUUUUAAAUGUAGAUAAUGUACAAAGUGAACAAUUUGUUUCUCACACAAAAUCUAUGCAAAAUAUAGAAAACCCUGCAAUCUGUGAAGUACAAAAUAUUGUUGAUGUAAAUAAGAACACUACUGCUGUCAGUAAAGAAAAUCCUGAUGUUGAUUGCAGUGAAACUGUAAAAAUUCAGUCAUUAAUUAGUUCACAAAUUUCAUCUUGCAACAGCUCAGAUAAGUGCAAAAAGUUGUUGUUUUCUAAUCAUUCUGACUCCUGUAAUUCAUUAGUUGCGUGUUUAACAUCAGUACCUAAAACGGAGAUGAACGAUACCUUAGAAUCCUCGGAUAAGAGUAUUUGUUUAGUUGGUAUUAAAAAAUCUCCGAUUGCGCAGAUAAUCAAUGUCGAUAACUUAUCAAUCCAACCUCAUGUGAUUGAAGUGCCUUUGCAAAUCGCACCAGCUGUGCCAAACAUGUUGGCCAAAACAGCACUUGCAUCUGAAAUGAAAUCUGUUACUUCAAUUAUAUCGACUGGUGGCAGUGCUUUUCUUCAAACACGAAAUAUGUUGGUGAUGCAGGAGACGAACAAUACAGUUAGUGAAGGCCGAACAACCCCAGAAACUAACGUCGUAAAUGCAAUUGCAUCGGAAAAAACUGCACCGAGUUUACCUUGCAUUCCUAAUGAGAGAAUCAAAUUAGUGAAUCAUUUAAGUGCUGCAUCGGAAUCUGUGAAAGAAAGUCCACCCCAAAACUCAUCCACUGCUGCCAGUGAGGAAUCUAGUAUGGAUUCCAUUGAUGAAGAAAGGAAAAAGAAUUUACAAUUACCCACUAGCUCACCUAGUUUAAAGCUGGAUACCUCACUUUCAAAAACAGAUAACAUACAGAACAAUAAUUGUUCUACAUCUGUUGCAGAAAAUGUAACUUCUAAAACCGACGUUGCUCAACCAUCUAGAGUGGCCUCAAGCAAUAUUAUUUCAACAGAAGGUCAUUCUUUAGCUGAAAAUAUUUUAAAACUUUACUCAGCCUCAAUACAACAAAAUAAUCCAGUUACAAGCUCUGUGCAGGCAACUGAAACUCUAAUUCCAUACACCUCAUCAAGUAAUAGCAAUAAAGAUUCAUCUGUGGAAAAGGUAAAUUGUAAUUCUAUAGAAGAAAACUGUGUCUCUGCAAGUGGAACUUUACCAACAAAAGAGAGUCUGCCUGGUGUCAAUAUAAGUGUCAUAACAUCUGAACCAUCACCUUCUAUUUUAUUACAUGACUCUGGGGCUUCUUUCACUGUGGAAAAUAAACCCAUUAUUGCUAAAUUAGAUGUUAAAAAAGAAACUUGUUCUGAAUCAGUGCAAGUGGUUAGUACCUCUAACAGUCCAAUAGUCACUUCAUUACUUUCCCCUGUGAAAUAUUUACCUCAAGAAGUAAGUAGUCAAAAAUUUAAACUUAUUUUCAAAGGUGGCCAAAGAGCGGCAUUACAAGGUAAUAAUUCUUCGAGCCUAGUUGUUCCUCUAAAUUCUUCUAAAACUGUUCCCAUAAAACUCGUGACUUUACCUGGUGGUGCCUCGGCACUCUCGGUUCGAUCGACGUCUAAUCCAAAUAUUGUAGAAAUUAUUGGACCAAAAACAUCAGUCUCUCAAAAUUCGCAGUCUAUAGGAAACCCUCAUCCAUCUUCUCCCGUAAGAUUAGUUGUAUCAAAAGUUUCUCCUGGACUAUCCUGUUCAAGUCAGAGUGGUGCACCUAACAUGAGAAACAGAGUGGUUGUGAAAUCCGUAGUUAUGGCUGGGGCCUCACCAUCUUUAAAACUUGUGUCAUCUAGUGCUGUUUCCACAACAACAUCUGUGUUAACCUCUUCACCAGCCGUAACUACCUCAUCUGUAACACCGAUUGUUUCUUCUCCUUCAACAUCAGUAUCCUGCCACUUGUCUAGAAAUCUCCCAGAUGAAUUUAAACUUGGUACUAAUAUUGAAAAUUCAAUACAAUUAAUUUCCAGCAGUAGCAUGUUAAGUCAGGCCAGCUCCGAACCUUGCAGUGUACAAAGUUCUAAACAUUCAUCCUCCAGCACAAAAAGUGGAAUCAAACCAUCUAGUACUUUUACAACAACUUGUUCUUCAAUUGUUGAUAGUACAACUAAAGAUUCAUUAUCAAGCAAUUCACAAAAUAUUGUUUUAGUAUCAAAAUCCUUGCAAAGGCAUACUGAUGUUGUGGAUUCAACAACACUAAACAAGAAAGAAAUUCCUGACACAACUUCUUCUGUACCUCUGGCUGCAGAUGAAAAAUUGAUACCACCAUCAGAUUCUUCUACUAAAGUUCCUUCUCCUAUUAAUUCUGAGCCGUCAGAAACUAAAUCAAAUCCCGGAAAACAAUGUGAUAAUGAAAAUUCAAAAAAGUCAGCUGCUGACACUACUUCUGACGCAAUUGCAAAUAGUACAGUUAUUGAGUCAACGACUGUUCAUCCUAACAAAGUAGACAAAAACACCAAAUCAGAAGAAUCCUUAUGUACUGUUGAAAGUGAUCCAAGUUUAAUUACCUCAGCUGUUUCAGAAGCUUGCGUAAAAAGUGAACAAAUGUCUGAUAGUGCCAUUACAACUAGUUUAACUAACAUAUCCAAUACUGUAGAGCUUUCUGAUCCAGCUGAAGGCAAUUCUGCAACUGAUCCACCUGUGUGUUCAGGAGACUCUAAAAAUCAGUCUAGCUCUGAACUUGACGAGUCAACACAAAAUUCCUUACAAAAAAAUGUUUGUUGCUUAGAUAUAGAAAACUCUUGUAUUAUUGAAAAUGAAGUGACAAUAGCUAGUACUGUUGAAAAUGAUUUAUUUAUAACCGAAUGUGUGGAAUCUAAUCAGAAACAAGAACUCGACAGUAGCAUCGUACAGUCAUCAGAUGAUAAAUCUGUACAAAAUGACUUACGCAAAAGUGAUGAAAUUUUUGUGCACGAUAGAAACUCUCCGAUCGUAAACUGUGGUUUCGAAAUGCAAAAAAUCCGUCCACUGGGUAAUGAAAGUGUAAUUGUUGUUGAUAGUACUGAUACAGACAGUACAAGUGUGAUCACUGAAGAUUCUGAACUUGAGAUAUCUCUAGUCUAUUCUAAACCUCUUAAAAGAAAGUGCUCUGAAAAUGCUGCUGAAUUAAUAAAAGCUUGCAUGGGGGUUGAAGAUGCCCCUAAAAAAGCAGUAUUAAAACCAAAAACCUCAGAGGAAGUGGUUGAUAAGUUGGAAAUUGAAGAAACAGUUCGAAUGAGUUUAAGGGUUCGUAAAGAAGACACUCCUCUCAUAAAAAAAGCCAAAGGAGCUGUAAACUCUGAUUGCUCUACUGAUGAAGACAUAACAUUAAGUGAAUUGGUAACCAAGAAAAGAGAACAGCCUACUAGAGGUAGAGCCAAUAACAGAGAUAGUCCCAUUCCAAUCGAACCUAACAAUCGUAGGCCUACCAGACGAAGAUCUGGUUCAAAUGAAUCACGUCACAGUGAAGACAUGAAAACCCGAACAACUCCCCGUGAAAGUAAAAGAGAGAGCGUCAAAAAAGAAGAACCAACACCCAAAAAAUUACCAGAAAGAACAAAAAGGGGGACUUUCAAAGUCCAGGAUCAAGUUCUAAGUUCAAAAGUUGGUGUACAGAGAAGUGGUAGAAUCAGAGACCAGGAGUCUAAAGCAAAUUUGUUAAAUAACAACAAAGAAGAAAGUAAUUUUAUCUCAGCUAAAAGAAAAACUCGUGGUACUGCUGAUUCCCAAGAAUUAUUAGUACAAGUGAAAAGAAGACGUUUUUCUAAAGAUGGUCACAGAUAACCCAGAGCUGUAUUGUAAAUAGUCAGAUUGUAAUCUACAUUUCUCCUCUUGUAUAUAUAGCAUCACUGUAAAUACCAAAGUUUGACAUUCACAUGUAUGUGCAUUCAUGUAUAGAGAAUAUAAAGAGAGUGGUGGAAAUUUAA